AUGCCGCACAGUACGCACAAGCGCAGUCGGAGCGCGACGCGCGCGGACCGUGCGCGCGGCAUGCCGGGGGGAGGCGGCCGGUGGAUCGCGACAGUGUACAAGGACUCGGAAGGUGGGCGCCAAGAGCGCACGGAGUCGAUCGACGCACACCCGUUUAAUCACCAGCUCGAUAUUGUCGUACCGGCUACCGACGACGCUUUUCUCGAAAUGUUCCGAGAGGACAUCGAGGGGGUGGCAAGGGGCGUAGAGGGAGCGUGUAUCGCGCGCGUCCCGCUGACUCUCUUUCUCACGCCGGAAUUUGUCGCCAAGUAUAUCCGCACAGGCGAACUGGUCGCACUCAGCACGACGCACCUCGACGCUCAGGAUACCGUGUGCCUCGACGGGCAGGGCAUGCUUAUCUUGUCACUCAACAAGGAGACGUACCAGACGCUGGGGCUCGUCGUUGUCGAGUUGCCGUUGCUUGCGCCGUCAUUUACGCCGGGAAAACGGGGGUACGAACGUGCCUGGAAAUGCCUGCGGGCUUGGGACGAACAACGCUCUUUCUCGACCGAGUCGCUGGCUUCGUGGACGAUGCUCUUUGCGUGGACACCACCGGCGCGGCACGACCGCAACCCGCUCGACCCGCCGUCAGGUACAGUCGCGUUUCCGCCGCACCUCGUGCCGGCAAACAGCGUACGCAUGCUUCCGCUAGAGACACGCGCUCGGGCCGUGCGCGACGUGUGGGUCCCGUGCGUCGCUGGAGGAGACGCGCCACUGGUGAACACGCUCCUGCCAGAUGCCCCGUCCGAGGACUGGCGUGAAGCCUGUGCCGCGCUCAUGGAGUACAUUGGCCUUGCUGCUGCAUCAUCCCCGCGCUUACAAACCUAUGACCGGUGCGAGCCCAGCCUGGCGCAGUACCACCCCAUCGAGCCGAGUGCAGAAGGUUCGCUCCUCCAUCUGUGCAUUCGAGGGAUUUUUACGCCGGCCCUAGCCGAUGCGAUUGUGCAGCGGAUCGAGCAUAGUCUCAAGCGCCACGCCAAGCAGCACGAUUCACCCCACACGGGGAGCUGGGCGGCGGUGACCCUAAGCGGUUUUCCUGAUACCCCCGUGGCAUGGCGUAGCCGUGAUCCUGGUCUCGGCCUUGCGCUAGGCUCGGGCCUUGCUCUGUACGCGCCCGAGACACAGCCUUCGCCUCCGGCUCACAAAGCGCGGAGAAAAGGGACGGUGCGCCGCGGCGAGACUGAGCACGGGAUCCUACGUACGGGUGAAAACGGAUGGAGUGCUUUGCUAUUCCAAGGCGCGCUGACCGAUACGCUGCACCGCACGGGCACCCUCUUUGUAGAGUCGCUUGAGCUAGACACGCGCAACUAG